UCAACACAACGCUUCGUCGCACCCUCUCCGCAAUCGUCGCACUUUCUUUCUUUCAAUUUCGCGACACUCUUAUCGUGGUCUUGGCGUGGUGUCUCUUCUAGAGGGUAUAUUUGACACUAAUCUUCGUACAAUAAAGUCUUAGGUCUUUUGUAGUCAUGGGUAUACCUAUGUAUCGUGAGCCUUCAUCCACAGAGGCUGCAAAGAACAAUCCUGUCAAAGACCCUUGUGCCGCCGCACGUUCUGCAAUUCGUCGCCAGACCACUAUCCGGCGCCCUUCACGUUACAGUAGCUCCGCUUUGCGCAGCGCGACUUUGCGCUCGCCUUUCCCCCGUCCGCUAGCGAACGAGAUUGAACGUGAAGCUAAUGGACUCUCGCGCCAUGUACGCUCUCCUAUCCCGAAUUCCGGCUCUGGUGAAGAUCCAUUCGAUCUGACCAACGGUCUGUCGGAUUCCAGCGCACGAGAAGCAGGCCAGCGCCUACUCAACGAUGUUCUUCGUCACAGUCGUCCAGGCCAGAGAUUGAGGAUACCGCGUAAUACUGUGCUAGACGACAUAUACUUGCGCGCAGCGGCUGGUGACCAUGGGGGUGCUCGACAGGAACAAGAUCACCCGCCGCCAUCCUUUACUCCUCGAUUCGCCCCGGCAAUUGCGUAUCACAGGACCGCAUCUCCCCAGGCGCCUCCCGACGUCCGUUUGGCGCCAUUUCCUCGGUCGGAAGCCUUUGGUGGAGAUGCCUCGAUUGGUUCGACUAUUCCACUGUUACGGCGGGUUGGUCAGCGGUCUAUUAAUCAACAAAGCCGCUCAAACUCCCAGACUGUCGUCGACGGCCUUGGAGAUCGCCAGCGGAGUGUAAGCCCAGAUGGUGACAAUGCGAACGAUGCUUGGGAAACACUCUUGACUACUAUCACGCCAGACACCAAUCUUCCUAGCGCGGACUCCUCGUUCACAUCAGCGUCUGCGGGCACAAACGCUUCAAUGAAUGGAACGGCACGAAGCUCGGCAACUUCUUUUGGAACACUACCAAAUUCCAUGGACUCAACUGCCGCAACCGUACAGAUGGUUCUCGACCCUUAUCCGGAGUUUCUCAAUCCGUGUGACUAUUCCACUUCAACUGACUCCGACUCCGACUCUGAGGCAGAGGCCACCCAGAACUCAUUGUUCCAUUACCACUAUCGCCGAAUACGCGAAAUUAACGCCAGGAGGGAUGCCAGGAGGCGUGCACGUAAUGCACAUUCGACUAUGAGUAGCCAACCUCCGCUUCCUGCGAUCUCAUUAGCGAUUUCCAACUCCAUAGACCCGGACCUUCAACAUAUGCAAGCUAUCUUGGACCGGCUUGCCCGUCGAGAGGAUGUCCCUGAUGACUUGUGGACAGCAGCUGGACUGUCUCGUACCAUCGGCCAAGGGGUCAGCGCAAACGACGGUACCAGCAAUUCUGAUGCAGUUGAUGGGCCGUCCAGACAGCAGCAGUGAAGACCUUAUAUAUUUUCUUUCUUUCUGAUUCUGUGUUAAUUAUUGAGCCUUUCAUCCCUUCCAUUUUGUUAGGGGCAGUCAUGUCGAUGUAAAUGGGUUAAGCGGGAAGGAUAUAACGUUCGGCGUUCAUGGUGUUUUCUUCCAAAAUACACAGUUUGCGGGUUGCCUUACAGUGGCUGGAAGCACUUAUCAUGGGAUCAUCAUUUGUUUAUUCCCCUAUAUCUGUUCGGGUCUCUAUAUUUAUUUGGGUUAUGUUUCUUUCGAUUUUUGAAGUUCAGCAGCCUUUUGUUUCUUGGCAUCAGGAUGGAAGCAAGAUCUACGGGCAACUUACGGGGGCGUUUGUCUAUAAUUCUCAUUGUCUGACAUUCUGCAUACAUGGUACAUAGCCUGCACUUCCAGGUUAUACAGCUUCAGUCAGAAGUUAUUGAACAGUGGGCAACGCUGAUCAUGGCAUGAACUAGAAUUCGACAAGGCUGUCGUUUUAAGAUGUAGAAAGUAAC